GAAACGGCCGCUCUCGCGAUAGGCGACGCCCCCCCCGUGCCCGCCCGCAGGUGAUCGCCUACGCCCGGCGCCGGUACCGGAUCCUGGGCGAGACCCUGGACGUGGCCGUGGGCAACUGCAUCGACCGAUUGGCCCGGCUGCUGCAGAUCCCCAACGCUCCCAGCCCCGGCUACAACGUGGAGCAGCUGGCCAAGAGGGGCCGCCGCCUGCUCCCGCUGCCCUACGUGGUCAAAGGCCUCGACGUCUCCUUCUCGGGGCUGCUGUCCCACCUGCAGGCCGUGACCCCGAAGCUCCUGGAGUCGGGGGAGGCGACCCCGGAGGAUCUGUGCUUCUCCCUACAGGAGACGGCGUUCGCCAUGCUGGCCGAGGUCACCGAGCGGGCGCUGGCGCUGACCCGGGCCCGGCACCUGCUGCUCGUGGGGGGCGUGGCCUGUAACCACCGGCUGCAGGAGAUGCUGCAGACCAUGUGCAAGGCCCGGGGGGCGGAGCUCUGCCCCAUAGACGACAGGUACUGCAUCGACAACGGCGCCAUGAUCGCCCAGGCCGGCUGCGAAAUGCUGAGGGUGGGGCAGGUGACGGAGCUCAGCCAAUCAGGGAUCACGCAGAGGUAUCGGACGGACGAGGUGGAGGUGACCUGGAGGGAUUAAAGUGGCCACGCCCACAACGGCCACGCCCACUUAAUAAAAGAAUGCCCAACCCUCUCA